AACGUUUUGCCAGUUGAGCGCCCAACUCAAAACAACUCCACGAGGGACCCACUCCCAAAGCAAAGUUAUGAUGAAUUUUUGAAACAACCAAUUCUUGAAAAAUUCGAAUUCUUUCCAAUCAAAUUUCCCAAACCCAACCUUCGAUUCACUUCCAGAGAACCCUAAACCCAGAUCGCGGUCUCGGAAAUCAUUCAUGUCGAACAGCAGCGGGGGCGGCAAUAGUGACAGCUCGUUCGAUAUUGAGGAGCUCCUGCAGAUUGGGACAAGAUGCAGAGAGCUUAAGAAAGAAAAGGACAUGUUGAAAGAAUCACAAUCCCAAAGCUUCGGGCUAAUCAGGAGUUUGGAUGUACAUAUGAAGUCAUUAUCCGAAUUCCGCACAGAAGACAAGAAACAAAUUCAAAUGUUAGAGAAAGAACUCAAGAACUGCUCUCAAGAAAUAGAUUACCUUCAGGAUCAAUUAAAUGCAAGGGACACAGAAGUGACCUUUCUUGAAGAUCAUGUACAUAGCCUUGAGUUGAAAUUAGCAGACACAGAGAAUUUACAGGUGACAGUUGACAGGUUAAGAGAUGAGCUGAAGAAGUCCUAUUCAGAGUGCUUGUUCUUAAUGCAAGAACUGGAAAGCAAAGAAGUGGAGUUACAGAAUUCAAAUUUGUGCAUAGAGAAACUAGAGGAGUCAGUUUCAUCCAUGUCAUUAGAGUCUCAGUGUGAAAUUGAGAGUAUGAAGCUUGAUAUAUUAGCGUUGGAGCAGAGUUGCCUUGAAGCUAAGAAAGUCCAGGAAGAAACUGUUCGAGAAAAAACUAGGAUGAAUGAGUUAAUUCAAGAACUUGAGGUUCAAUGUCAGGAUGCACGGAAAACUGCUGAUUGCUUAGAUAUGGAAAAUAAGGAACUAAGGGAGAAGCUUGAUGCCUCAGGGACAAAUACUAGGAUCUUUUGUCAGAGGGUUGAAAAAUUGCUGGAAGAGGAUAGAUUUGAAUUCAAGUCAGAGUCUUUGUUAAGUGAGCUAGAGGGAAGGCACACAUUUUCAAUAGAUAUGAGCACUUGUGGAGAAGUCUUGGAGUCACUUUUUUCCAAAUUGGCAAUGGUACUGGCACCAGAUGCCGAUUUGAUAGUGAAGAUGAAGGAGAUGUCACACCAGAUACAUGAAUAUGAACUUCUUGUGAAGCAACUAAAGGAAGAACUGAGAGAAGAAAAGUUAAAGGCAAAAGAAGAAGCUGAGGAUCUGGCUCAAGAAAUGGCUGAGCUCAGAUACCAACUUACAGGCUUGCUUGAAGACGAGUGUAAGCGUCGUGCUUACAUUGAACAAGCAUCUCUGCAAAGAAUUGCUGAGUUAGAAGCGCAGGUUCAAAAAGCACGGACAAAAUCCUUCGCUGGUCUCCUGAGUCUCGAUGAACCAUAGUGGUGGAUGGUCAACAGUUGCGAGAUUUAAUUGACAGAGGCCAUAAGGCGUGCUAUAUGACAAUUUCAGAUUUGAGUGAUUUAGUGAAGGUGCUUGGAAUUUUGGAAAGACAGUUGGCUUUCAUUCAACCUGGCAUCUCUUUCGGCUAUGAGUGCAGACAAAUCCCGGGAUGAAAAACUGACACUAAUGACACAGGUCAGUCUCCCAAUGGAACACAACUUGAGACUGAGGUGAAACCUAUUUUUGUCGAGGAUCUCCAACAGGGUGCAUGGUAGCUGGGCUUUGAUGAAACCCAUUCAGGGAAAAAAAAAAAAAAAAAGACUUCCAAUGAUAGGCAUACAAUUUUGAAAGAUUGAGAAUGCUACAUUGAUCCACUGGAGCCCUUGUAAGUUUAUCCUCAUUGUAAUGUGACAAUCUGUUGUACAUAUUUUGAAGUUGAUUUAUGGUGGUGAGAAAGCAAUUUGUGAUCA